AUGGUCGACGUUGAUCGGAGGAUGACCGGUCUCCGGCCAGCACACGCGGCGGGUCUCCGUCGUCUCUCAGCUCGAGCCGCCGCACCAAAGACUCCGACGGUCAGGAACAGUCUCGUCUCUUUCUCAUCUCUCGCCGACCAAGUUAUCUCACACUUGCACACUUCUAGAAUCCAAGUCCAACCGGGUCUAACCGACUCCGAAUUCGCCCGAGCCGAAGCAGAGUUUGCAUUCGCUUUCCCACCGGAUCUCCGCGCCGUUCUCACCGCCGGUUUACCAGUCGGCGCCGGAUUUCCAGACUGGCGUUCUCCCGGAGCUCGUCUCCAUCUCCGAGCCAUGAUCGAUCUUCCAAUCGCAGCCGUGUCGUUUCAGAUCGCGAGAAACACUCUCUGGAGCAAAUCUUGGGGCCCGAGACCGUCCGACCCGGAAAAGGCCUUACGGGUCGCGAGAAACGCUCUCAAAAGAGCUCCUUUGAUGAUACCCAUUUUCGAUCACUGCUUCAUUCCUUGUAGCCCGUCUUUAGCGGGUAACCCGGUUUUCUACAUCGACGAGACUCGGAUUUUCUGUUGCGGGUCGGAUCUUUCCGAUUUCUUCGAGCGUGAGUCGGUAUUCAGAGCAUCCGACGCGUGUCCGGCUAUUCUCAAAAAGCAGCGUUCCGUGAGCGAGAAAUCCGCCGGGUCGUCGUCGUCUUCCUCGUCGAAUUUCUCCAGAAUGAGCUUAGAUUCGGGUCGGGUUCACGGAUCGAGUACACCGAGAUGGGUGGAGUUUUGGAGUGAUGCUGCGGUGGAUCGUCGCCGGAGAAACUCGGCUUCUUCGAUGUCGUCGUCACACUCUUCAUCUCCGGAGAGAUAUGUAGAUUUUCCUAGAUCGGAGACGCCGAAAUGGGUCGACGAUUACGUGAACCGGAUCGGGUCGAUUUUAAGAGGAGGCGGGUGGAGCGAAUCGGACGUCGAAGAUAUCGUCCACGUGUCAGCAUCUGGUUUCUUUGAGGGUGAAAUGGUAAUCUUAGACAAUCAAGCGGUUUUAGAUGCAUUGCUUUUGAAAGCGGGUCGGUUCUCGGAGUCUCUCCGACAAGCUGGAUGGAGCUCCGAGGAAGUGUCAGACGCACUCGGUUUUGAUUUUCGACCGGAGAAGGAGAGGAAACCGGUGAAGCAGCUGUCUCCUGAAGUCGUCAAACGAAUCGGGAAACUUGUCGAGUCGGUUUCCCGGUCAUGA